UGCGAGGAGGGUGUGCUACCCUCGUCUCCGUGACGAUACGCACGCUACCAUCAGUGAUCACGCUGGUAUUACACACACGCUAGCAGUAUGACCCAGCUGGGCUGUACAGUGCCUGUGUUGGCUAGUUAGUUUGCUCCCUUAAGAAACCCCAUCAAGUGCACGUAGACCACUUAAGACAACGUUUUUUUCCCACGCACACUUAUCAAGGAUACCUUAAUCCCUAAAAUAAGGAAUUAAAACCAAUUCCAAGUGCAUAUAUUCCAAGAAAUAUAUACCCUGUUAUCUUUCAGGGGGUAUUAAGUACACGAUAAUACGUCACACGCAUCUAAUAUGCAUCUGUAACCCCAAUAAGCUAACAUAUUGUGUAGUUUUAGAAAUAAAUACUAGAAAAAAAUCGUAGUGGUGAUGCUAGCUAGUACUGAAGUAACCAUCAGAGGUGGAGUGACAUGCUAGAACACUACUAGAGCAGAGGACCAUGGAGAGGUGGAUAUGGGGAUACCAUGGACCAGCAGGCGUGGCAGUGGGAAGAGCCUGCUUGCCCCUGCUCGUGUCCCUCCUGCUGGCUGCUACUUCGACUGCUACAGAUACUCAAGGUGAGUCUCGGCCCGUUAGCGCAGUCGAAGUGGCCCCCGAGGUCUUUAACAGGGAGGAGCUGGGUUAUAACAUCAGCGACGUUCAGGAGGACUCGCCGCUACUUCUCGAUGAUGUGGAUGACUUGCCGCCACUGAGAGCCACGGACCAGCCUUCGGCAGUUCGAAAUCCCUCUGGAUGCUCCACUCCGCUGGGGAUGACCUCGGGAGAUGUGCUGGACUGGCAGAUCUCAGCAUCCUCGUCUUAUCCUUCCGUGUGGGAUCCAGGAUGUCACGUCAAAUACGCUCGUCUGCACCAGCCUAAUGGCAAGGCUUGGUGUGCCGGUAGGAAGGCAGCAGGAGAGUGGGUCCUCGUUGAUCUGGGUGUUCCUGCUAAGGUGACUGGGCUUUUGAUCCAAGGUAAAGGAGAUGAUGAGGAGUGGGUAACAGCGUUUGAGGUCUCCUACUCCCUGGACGCCUACCACUGGCACUAUGCGCGUGACAUGUACAACAAUAAGAAGGUGUUUCAAGCUAACGUAGACUCCCACCAGACUCGUCACAACUUCGUGGAACCUCCAGUAGAGGGUCGCUUCAUCAGACUGCACGUCUUAGACUGGCACUCCCAUCCGUCUCUCCGCUUCGAACUACUUGGCUGCCAAGAGUGCAAGGCGGUGAUCAGCGAGGGUGUGGAUGUGCAGCUCUCAGCCAGCUCCUACAAGCCGUGGCACCGUAGCAAAUCCUGUCAAGCUAAGGAUGCCUCUCUACACUCUCACAGAGCGUGGUGUGCUCGCAGGAAAGACGCGCACCAAUGGCUGCAAUGGGACCUGGGACCACCUCAUCAGGUGACUGGGGUCAUCACUAGGGGACGAGGUGACACUGGUCGCAAGCACUGGGUGAAGGCUUACACCCUCACCUACUCCAAUGACUCCAAGGUUUGGUUCACCUACAAAGAUGGCAAUCACCUCGAUACUAAGGUGAGCGUGCAGGUGUUUGGUGGGAACCUGGACAAACACACGGAGAGGCGUCACUACCUCAACUCACCCUUCAAGGCUCGUUUCGUCCGCCUCCAUCCACAACGCUGGCGAAAAACUAUUGCCCUCCGAGCUGCUCUCCUGGGCUGCCCUCACAAGGGCGAGUGUGGCGACGGUUUCUUCAGAGUCACCCCAGAAACCAGCUGCGUGGAAAACAUCGCUUACAAGGGGAAGACUUGGGUCAACGAUAAGCGUCAUGCGUGGUCAGGCUGGGACUACGGUCCCUCCAGCCUAGCCGUAGACGGGAGGCUUGACACGUCCCUCCGCUCCUGCGCCGUCAUCGAUAACUACCAUGUGGAUGAACCCGUGUGGAUGGUAGACCUGGGGAAGCGACGGAUGGUGAGGGGGCUAGUCAUCCUCACCUGGCAAGGGCGCGGACAAGACCAGCAGACGUUGUAUCGAGACUACGUAUUCGGUCUGGACAGACUCACCAUUUACGUGGAGAAUCAGCGUCGUCUUGACGCACCGACUUCUCAGGACCACAAGAAGUGCGUCUCCGUCACCAGACUCAACAACGCACUCUUCAAGGAGCGUGUGCAUGUGGAAUGUCCUCAACCCAUCAAGGGUCGCUAUGUGUAUAUUAAAGCUGGAGGAGUGGCCAACCGCUGGCAUAGGAUCUUCUCCAUGGUUCUGUGUGAGGUUAUGAUAUACUAGAUGCCCGGAUCUUCCAGCCUAUGAAAAGCAUAUUGAGAGUCCUCUCUACCUGGGGCUCGAGGAACAUACCAGGAGUCGCUGUGACAGAUGCCUAGUUGAUGGAUUCCCAGUGAAGUGGGCGGAAUCUCUGUGCGGAUAAUAAUAACUUUGCUGAAAACUUUACCCAAAAAUAUUCGUAACUCUGACUAGUGUUGAGCAAAAUAUGUUAAGCUGACCAAUUUUAGUGAAUUCUGCUUCCAAGACAAACUCUUCGGCAAGUGUCAGGAAAAAAUAGUUAAAAACAACUUGUCAUUUCUCUUUGUCCUAACUGAUACUCAGGGAGGUUUGAGCAGAAUAUUUUACGAUCUUCGAACAUCGAAAGCAUCCUGUUUUAAGGUCAACAUAUCAAGUAGGCGAAAUUUUAAAUGAGUUGCUGGGUGACCUUCUAAGUUGCAACCUGCCUGGUAAAAAGGCCUCACAUUCAACAUUCCUAGCUAUAAAUACCACAGUUCCUCGUAUAUAUGCAAUAUUGAACUCGUAAAAGUUUCUUCCUCUACUGUUAGACGAUUUAAAAACGUUAUUAAAAGAGGAAUGCUGCUGUACGAUUCCAGAGAAAGACUCACUAAGACUUUGCACACUCCGUUGGGUCUUGUUGUAGUGAUGAAUAUAAAUUACGCAUCACUCACUAAUAUAAUUAAUGAAAGUUUUGCAUAUACGGAAUAAAAAGGUUAAGAUAACUGAAGCAGCUGAUAUAUAAGUUAGAGAGUGAAAGUGUAGUUGUUGCCUCUUGUAAAGACAUAAAUUAGUCUGUUAAAGAAAAAAGUUUACUCGGAGAAUUCAAAGAUAUGGACAAUCGCCUGAAACUGGACCUGAACCUAAGCUUGGACCUGAACCUAGACCUGAACCUGGACUUUAACCUGGACCUGAACCUGAGCCUGGACCUGAACCUAGACCUGAACCUGUGAUAUGGUAGACGUCAACUCCAUUUCCGUUCAUGUAAUGAGUCUGACUCUAAAUUUUUGACAAUUAUAAAGACUAAGACCUUUAUAUUAAAGUGUAGCAUAAUACAGACAAGAGAGUUGUUAGUGUUAGUCAUGAAGUGUUGCUGGAGUAUUGUAAACUUUCUUGUUGUAGUGAAAAUGUUGAUCAUUUUUCAAAUACUGUUAACAGACAUUUACGCAUGUUUGAGGUGGCUGGAAUCAACUUUGGAUAAUGACAGGUCAUUUCAGAAUAUUUAUAGAACGUAUAUAAAAAUGCAAAUUCAGUAAUAUAAAUAAAUUUUCCAAACAUUUAUGCUAGACAUAUGACAUGCAUAUAUACUAAACACUUUCCCUCUGGCUUGUAAAAAACAUAAUUUGUAUAUAUUUACAGAUAUUGCACAUUUCUGUCUCAGUCAGUAGGUCUCCCCAGCAGAGACUAGACGUGUGCAGGAGUUAAUUAGGGCUCCUCUCUUAGGUAAGGUUUUAAUAUCUGCUGAUGAGGACCUCAGGUUGAGGCUAAAAUACACAGUCGUUACACUCUCAUUUUUGUCAUUAUUGACUCCUUUGAGUUACCUUGUAAUAUUUCCUAGUUUUUGUACACUUCUA